CCGAACUUUCAAAGGAUAAAAAUGUAAUUUCAAGUCUCCUUCUUCCUCACUCCGUCUCCAACUAUCUAACCACCAAAACCAGACAAUAUUUUCUCAACGGUUUCUUCAAAUCAUUUUAUUUUUUACAUUAAAAAAAACUAGUUUCAGAAAUAAAAUCUGAGUCUUCAUCUUCAUCUUCUUUUCAUUCACCUAUAAAAGACAAUUUAGGUCUCAAAACAGUUCUGGUCAUGGAAUCAAUGGAGCUCCCAGCUAUGAAGAAGACAAGAACAGAAGAAAGCUUGACCAACUUCUUUGAUCUUCUCUCUGAGGAACUCGUUUUCCUAAUCCUUGACUUCCUUAACCAAAACCCAUUUGACCGAAAAUCAUUCUCUCUCGUCUGUAAGUAUUUCUACUCUGUCGAAGCCAAACACCGCAAGACCCUCAAGCCACUGCGAUCCAAACACCUCACUUCUGUUCUCUCCCGAUACCCGAACUUGACCCACAUCGAUCUCACGCUCUGCCCUAGAGUCGCUGAUACCUCGUUAGCCGAAAUCUCCAAUGCAUGCAAGCCGAAUCUCAGGUCCAUCGAUCUUUCCAGGUCGAGGUUUUUCUCCGGAGCUGGGUUGCUAAAUUUGGUUCUGAGUUGCGAGAAUUUGGUGGAGAUUGAUCUUUCUAAUGUGACUGAGCUGAGGGAUUCGGGGGCGGCGGCGGUGGCGCAGGCCAAGAAUUUGGAGAGGUUGUGGUUGGCGAGGUGUAAGCUGAUUACGGAUUUGGGGGUUGGGUGUAUCGCUGUUGGGUGUAGGAAGCUUAAGUUGAUUAGCUUGAAAUGGUGUGUUGGGGUUGGGGACUUUGGGGUGGGAUUGAUUGCUGUUAAGUGCAAAGAAAUUCGUAGUUUGGAUCUCUCCUUCUUGCCGAUCACCGAUGAAUGCUUACCGUCGAUCUUGAAAUUACAAUAUCUUGAAGAUUUGGUUCUAGAAGGAUGCUUUGGUAUUGAUGACAGCAGUCUUGAGGUUCUCAAAUGUAGCUGCAAGUCGUUAAAGAAACUCGAUAUGUCAAGCUGCCAGAACAUUACUCAUGUUGGGUUAUCUUCUCUUAUGAGUGUUGCUGGCGAAAAUCUUGAGGAACUCACCUUAUCAUAUGUCUCUCCUGUGACUCAUGUUCUUGCCGAUAGUUUAAGAAAGCUUCCCAUGUUGCAAUCAGUUAAAUUGGAUGGCUGUCGAGUUACUUGUGCUGGACUGAAAGCCAUUGGAAAUUGGUGUGUGUCUUUGAGGGAGUUGAGCUUAAGUAAAUGUUCAGAUGUGACUGAUGAUGGUCUUUCCUCUCUUGUUAUCAAACACAGAGAUUUGCAGAAGCUGGAUAUUACUUGUUGCCGCAGAAUCACUUAUGUGUCUAUUGCCCACAUUACAAAUUCAUGCUCUGCUCUCACUUCUCUCAAGAUGGAGUCAUGUGCCCUUGUUUCUAGAGAAGCAUUUGUUUUGAUUGGACAGCGAUGUCAUUUCUUGGAGGAGCUUGACCUAACAGAUAACGAAAUUGAUGAUGAAGGUUUGAAAUCAAUCUCUAGAUGCUCCAAACUCUCAAGCUUAAAACUUGGAAUUUGUUUAGACAUAACUGAUAAGGGAGUUGCACAUGUUGGUUUUUCUUGCUCUAAACUCAAUGAGCUCGAUCUAUACAGGUGCACAAAUAUUACGGAUACUGGCAUUUCAGCUAUUGCCCGUGGUUGCCCUGACCUUGAGAUGAUUAAUAUAGCCUAUUGUAAAGACAUCAGUGAUGAUUCAUUAAUAUCAUUGUCGAAAUGCUCAAGGUUAAACACAUUUGAAAGUCGAGGCUGCCCACUCAUUACAUCUUCAGGCUUAGCAGCUAUUGCUAUGAAAUGCAAGCAGCUUGUCAAGCUAGACAUAAAGAAGUGCUCCAACAUUGAUGACGCCGGGAUGAUUUCUCUGGCUUACAAUUCCCAGAAUCUAAGACAGAUUAAUUUGUCGUAUACAGCAGUGACAGAUGCGGGACUUGUAACUCUUGCCAGCAUUAGUUGCCUACAGAGCUUCACCAUUUUGCAUUUGGAUGGCUUGACUCCCUGUGGAAUCGCCACUGCCUUGUUGGCAUGUGAAGGCCUAACAAAAGUAAAGCUCCAAGCAUCCUUUAAAUCAUUGCUACCACAACCUCUUCUCAGACAUUUAGAAGGUCGAGGAUGUGCGAUUCAGUGGAGAGAUAAAGUUUUACAGGCUGAGUUAGAUCCACAGUGUUGGAAGCUAAAGUUAGAAGACAUCAUGUACUAAAGGCAUCUUUCUGCAUGUUCUUGAAGCUGAGAUGCUUAUGAGUUUUCGUGCUGAUUGUUGUAAACAGCUGCGAGAGGCAAUGAAGUAACCGCCACCUCGUGGUUCCAUGGUUUGAUAGCUAGACAACAAAUGUGGCAAAGAAGUAACAGCAGCCUCGCCAUGGCCAUGGUUCGAUGUUGACAACUAGACAACAAAUGUGUUCCAGUGAGAAGAGCCGUGGGGACAUUUUUUUCUUCUUUCCCUUUUCCAAGCCACAACACAUGAUGAACUUUAAUUAUGAGACGAAUUCUAGUUUAGAUCAUUGGAAUUAGUUGUCAAUUUUGUAAAUAUAGUACUAAUAGACAUUGUAUAUAAAUGUAUACUUUUUUUA